GGAAGACUGCGGCUGCUCCUGCAGACAUGAAGACCUACUUCUGGUAUGCCUUGGCUCUCAGUUUCCAGAUCGGAGCUUUAACAGGAGAAAUCAAUGACGCAGCCAAUCAUAAUAUAUUUUCAUUUCAUAAUGGAGGCAUACAGAUUUCUUGUCAAUACCCUGAGAGUGUCCACCAGCUAAAAAUGGAGCUGUUGAAGGGGGCAGAAGUUCUCUGUGAUCUCAGCAAGACCAAGGAAAACGUGGUCUCCAUUGUUCAGAAAUUCUGUCCGUAUCAGCUGUCCAACAACAGCGUCUCCUUUUACUUAAACAACUUGGACACUUCUCACGGGAGCUAUUACUCCUGUAGCCUGUCAAUUUUUGACCCACCUCCUUUUCGAGUAAAGAUCCUUAGCGGAGGAUAUUUGCAUAUUUACGAGUCACAACUUUGCUGUCAGCUCAAGCUCUGGUUGCCCAUAGGGUGUGCAGCUUUUGCUGUGGUAUACAUUUUUGGAUGCAUAUUUAUCUUCUGGUUUGCAAAAAAGAAAUACGGAUCCAGUGUGCAUGACCCCAACAGCGAAUACAUGUUCAUGGCAGCAGUCAACACAGCCAAAAAGUCUAAAUUUGCAGGAGUGACUCCAUAAUCUGGAACACUCUGGCACCCAUGGAGGAACCGCACUGACCAGUUUCCCUGAUACCUGAACUGAGAAAUUCUAUUUUCUGGAUCACGGGGCAUCUGACUACAGGAAUCUCCUUCGGGUUUUUUGUUUGUCUGGAUCAGUGACUGCCUGAGAAUUGCUGGGUUAUUUUAAGGCAAACACCUUCUAGUAGAAGGUCCAACUCAUGUGUACUCAACAAACAGACCUCACUGGGUUAAUCCCCCCACACACACCGCAUCUGCUUCUAACUACACACAGGCCAGUAAAACAAGCACACCUACGACAUUUUCACAAAAAUCCAGCGGUAUUAAUCUGCAGAACACACAAGCAGACAACGGUCAGCAUCUGCCCUCAUAUUUUAGAUUACUUUUUCUUGCUGUAGGGAUCAGUAUUCCUUCUAGAAUAAGCCAGUAGAGGGAGAUGCUUCAUGACUGUAACUCUUGUGUUUCUAAGGUGUUAGUGUAUAUACCACACUGAACUCAUGCUUUAGUACCAACACAACAUUCUCUUUCAACUUCUAGACUCCAGCUGAUCACUGUUGGAGGGGUUUAGAUGCCUUCUCUUGCCUUCAGUUUUCCCUUUAAAGACAUGUCCACAUGUCUACUUGGCAGCCUGCAGCCCCUGCAAACAGGAAGUUCAGUCUACAUGUUUCUUCUUUCUGCUGCUCAAAGACAGCAGUAGAUAUAAUUUUCUCAUAUUCUUCCUGCCAAAGUAGUUUUUUUCCUCCAAAAACAUCUUAUUUUCUCAAAUUCAGUUAAAAUGUGUUGAUAUUAGUGGUAGGAAACAUUGCUCAGAAUCAAAAGCAAAUUAAUUUUGCUAUUACGUUUUCUGCCAUUAUCCAUGUUUCCAUGGUGCUAUUAAAUCACAAGCAUAGCUAUUUUUGUAGAUCAUAUUAUAGUUGCAAGCAAGCAAAGCAAUCUGUGGUUAAUGGACAAACAUUCUUCUGGGGUAGAGUGAAUUAACGGCUUAGCCUGCCAGCUGUAGUUUCUGGAGGUGACUACCAGACUGCAGCCACAUUUCCUCUGGGCUUGACAGACUGAAAUGGUUUCCAUGAGCCUGGAAUAGCACUCCAGACUGAGUUGGAAUCCCAAGGUUGUGAGAAGUCAUCAAGUCUGGGACAAGCAGCUCCUUUGGACUCUAGGAUGUGUGAAGAAGCACAAAGGAGCCAAGACAGAGUUUCCUCUCCUAAAUAUGCAGCCUGGAAGUCAGCCCUGGCACUCUAGGAUAGUCUUCUAUAGAACACGAGAUAGCUGGAAGGAUUGCUCUGAGCAGGGCCAUUUUCUCCAUGUUCCUGUCAGCGUGCCUAAGGCUUCUGGAGCCGUCAAUGUGUGUGUAACAUUUUAUUUUAACUUUAAGUAAAAUAAGGCUGCUUCACAGUCUUAAAUUGUAGUUGCCUACUUCAAAAGUGAGACCUGAUGUACCAUUAUAUACUUAUUACAUUAAGCAUGUGAAAUGCUGGCUAUGUACAGUACAGUACUGAAGUUGUAAUUUGAAUCAAGUAUGGUAUUUUCUCUUUUCAGCUGACUCGGGCAGCCGGGCUGGCUUUGGAAGGGUAUUCCCUGAGUUGGAUAUACCUUCCUAGGUGUGUGUGUGGGGGGAGUUGCAGAGGUUAGCAUUCACAUUGUUCUGUGGAGGAUCCCCAAUCCCAACACUGAACAGUUAACCAUGAAUUAUAAAAAAAAA